AUGCGGUCGCCGGGCGAGCCGGCGCGUGCGCACUGGCCUGUACGCGGCCGGUGGACCAUGGAGAUCCCGAGGCUCUUCGCCUGGGAGUGGUGCGCCGGAUGGUUUCCUCUGAGGCAGACGGGCGUUUGGAAGGUGUGGCUUUGUGAGUUCUGGCUAGUACUGCUGGGUUCCGGCUUGAACGCGGGUUUUUUACCACGCGAAGAGGACGUAGACUUUAUCAAUGAGUACGUGAACCUCCACAAUGAGCUCCGGGCCAACGUCCUCCCCCGAGGGGCUAACUUGCGCUUCAUGACUUGGGAUGUAGCUUUGUCACGGACUGCUAGAGCAUGGGGGAAAAAAUGUGUGUUUGAGCGUAAUACUCAUUUAGAAGAACUAAAAAUGGCCCAUCCUAGAUUUAAUGGUAUUGGUGAAAAUAUGUGGGUCGGCCCUGAAAAUGAAUUUACUGCAAGUAUUGCUAUCAGAAGUUGGUUUGCACAGAGGAAAAAGUACAAUUUUGAAAAGAACAGUUGUUCUGAUAACUGUUCUAAUUAUCUACAGCUCGUUUGGGACAAGUCUUACAAAGUUGGUUGUGCUGUAACUCCAUGUUCAAGAAUUGGACGUAUUCAACAUGCAGCACUUUUCAUAUGCAACUAUGCACCAGGAGGAGCUCUGUCAAGAAGGCCUUAUCAACGAGGAUUAAUGUGUUCUCAAUGUGGCGGCUAUGACAGAUGCACAGAUUUUCUAUGCAGUGAUGCAGAUCGUGACCAAGCCAUAUAUUACCGAUUUUGGUAUCCAAGAUGGGAAGUACCCCGGCCAAUUGUGUGUGAUCCACUGUGCAUGACUACUUUAUUUCUGAGACUGCUGUGUUUUUCACUAAGUGCCACAAUUGUUUUGAUAAUACAGUCUCAUUUUCCAAAUAUAUUAUUGGAAGAAGACAUGGUUUUUACCCCUGAGGUAGCUGGGCCAGCAAAGAGGGAGGAAAAGGUAGAGGAGGAAGAGGAGGAGGAGGAGGAAGAGGAGGAGGAGGAGGAUGAAGAGGAGGAAGAGGACAGGAAAAAAGAGGAAGAGGAAGAGGAAAAGGAGGAGGAGGAGGGGUAAGAUUUACCACUAUCAUAGGACAAAAGUGUAAUACAAACAAGGCAAAAAAUAAAGUAAAAUAAAAAACACUGAAAAGAAAAAAACCACCACUGAGCUUUAACAAAAAAAAUAUGCACAAACCACUAUUGUAAUACCUUUUAUUCCCUUCUCUUUCCCAUAUUUAUUCAAAAAAUUUAAAUUUGAAAAACAAAGAAACAAACAAAAAACAUGUAUUUUAUAGUAAGUAUUGUAAGGCAAGUUCUUGAACACUAAGAACAAAUAAAGAUGUGAUGAGAGAAAUACUAAAAAAACAUUUGGCCAGUCUAAUUAAUCUUAAGAUUUCACUAUGUUAUUCUGAUAAAGGAUGAAAUUUCUACUUUGUAAAUAUGUUUCUAUCUCUCUCUGUUUUUAAUAUUUUUUAGAUGGGUUAAAAGUUUUCUUGAGUAUUAAUUAAAACUAUACAUGUAAGGUACUUAGGACCAUUCCAAGUUCAGGAAAAUCAUUUGAUAACUUUUGAUUUUGUUGUUUUUAUCAUUUCUAUCAUAGUUGUUAUUGGUGGUGGUGAUGAUGGUGGUGAUAUUUUCCAUGUAUUAUCAAGGCUUCUAAUACCAUUAUUUAUCUUUGUAGUAAAUGUGUUUGGAAUGGUUUAAGUGGUAUUUGUACAUGCUGUUAGGAGACAAAUUUAUUAUUUCUACUUCAUGUUCAAUAUUUCAUUAAAGCCUUGCUGUAAUUCUUUACUCAGCUAUAUAAUU